AUGGCUUCCGAAUUGACUCACCCAUCCAUUAAGGAUGGUUGGUUUGCUGAAAUCUCCAACACCAUGUGGCCAGGCCAAGCUAUGUCCUUAAGAGUUGAAAAGAUUUUGCACGUGGAACAAUCCAAGUAUCAAGAUGUUUUGGUUUUUAAAUCUACUGACUAUGGUAACGUUUUGGUUUUGGAUAACUGCAUUCAAGUCACUGAAAGAGACGAAUUUGCUUACCAAGAAAUGAUCGCUCAUUUGGCUUUAAACUCCCACCCUAACCCUAAGAAGGCUUUAGUCAUUGGUGGUGGUGAUGGUGGUGUUUUAAGAGAAAUCUUGAAACACUCUUCUAUCGAAGAAGCUUGGUUAUGUGACAUUGACGAAACUGUUAUUGAAGUCUCCAAGAAGUACUUGCCAGAAAUGUCCAAGUCUUACAAUGACCCAAGAGUUAAGGUUCACAUUGGUGAUGGUUUCAAGUUUUUGGCUGAAUACAAGAACCAAUUCGAUGUUAUCAUCACCGAUUCUUCUGAUCCUGAAGGUCCAGCCGAAUCUUUGUUCCAAAAGCCUUACUUUGAAUUGUUGAAUGGUGCUUUAACUGAAAAGGGUGUUAUCACUACUCAAGCUGAGAACAUCUUUUUGCAUAUGCCAAUCAUCUCUAAGUUGAAGCAAGAUUGUAAGCAAAUCUUCUCUGUUGCUGAAUAUGCUUACACUAUGAUUCCAACUUAUCCAUCUGGUUCCAUUGGUUUCAUGGUUUGUUCUAAAGAUGCCAAUGCUGACGUUUCCAACCCAAUCAGAUACGAAUGGACUGACGAAUACGUUAGAAAGAACAUGAAAUACUACAAUAAGCGAAUCCACAGUGCUUCUUUCAUCUUGCCUACUUGGGCUGAUGAGAUUUUAAACAAACAAGAUUGA